UGUCACAGAUGUAUCCCUACUGUAUGUAAGUCUGUUGUUCUGUCUCUAACAGUAACAACUUAGUUCUCUAAGCCACGUCCAUUAUGUGUUUGUAUCUUAGUUUGUUUUAGUUGUAGUUGUUAUACUCAGUCUAUGGCCGAGUGAAGUCAACAAUAUUUGAUAUAUUUUGAAUAAAUAUAUAUGCCACGGCACAGGCAGAUUUGCGGUAUCACUUGAGUCUGCAUCGCCAUGGCACAGCCAGUGAAACAUCAACAUCAAGAAACACUAGAAACAUAUGAUGACGAAGAAACAGUGCUGUAUGAGUUGCUUGAGCAUACAGAAUGGCAACAAGAGUGGCACGAAACGGCACGACCACCUCGAUUAUCGUCUACACCUGCGUACUCCACUUCUACUCAAUCUGCAUGGUCAUAUUUAAAAAGUUUUGUGUAUCCACUAAAGUCAGCUAUUGGAUGGAGUCGUCCGUCAGGUUUGGCUGAGUUAAUCAACAGUCGAUUGCAUUGGAAAUUUGCUGUUUCUGGAGAUGGGAAACUCACAGCAAUAUUGCAAGAAAACUGUAUCGAGAUUCGUUCAUCCAAGGAUGAUUUUGCAAACAUGCUAAGAAAAUGGCAAGUCCCAGUAGAUCCACAACCCCAAUGGCGACAAAUGGUGUGGAACUCUGAUAGCUCAUUGUUGGCAUAUGGAGACAGUAGUGGUGGAGUGAGAGUUUUUGAUAUAAUUGGAACAAGGAUAUGUUCCAUUUCACAGAAUGCAGGAGCAGCAGCAGCUGGAAUUGUAGAUUGCAGCGAGGCAGCAGCUGAGCUAAUAUUUCUCGAACGUGAGAGAGAUGCCAAGUGGGCGGCUGAGUUGCUGUUUAUUAGCUACAAUGGUCAACUUACCAGCUACUAUAUCAGGACUGGAGAGGAGGGUUAUCAGCAACAUCACUCCUUCAGCUUCAAAGACACGUACCCACAAGGUGUUGGAGCUGUGUGCUAUGACAAGCAGCACAGAUUGCUCAUUGUUGGUGGUUGCUGUCAGGACAAUGCCGGUGUUGAUGGUUUGUCUGAGGCAAUGAGCAAAGGCAUCACUGCAUGGAGAGUGCUGGCUGACUAUCCACAUUACAAGCAAGUGACACAGCUGUCUGAGGAUGUUGAAACGGUUCGGCAAGGUAAAGGUUUUCUGAGGCGAAUCACGGACAUGAGAUUUUUCAUUCGCCAGACGGAACCAGAUUUUGUGUAUCGCAUGUUAUUGUCCCCGGAGUGCUAUCGCUUAGCUACAGUACACCGGUCUGGAAUGCUCUCCAUUUGGCAGGUUCCAUCGCUCAGACUGGAUAAAAGUUGGAGUUUGGAGGAUCAGCCAGGCUAUGAUGAAGAGAGGCCACUAAGCAUCGGUUUGUACAACAAGGCCACGAAGAAAACACCAAAAGAAGAUCAAAAUAUAAACCUGCCUGUGGAUGUCAGUUGGUGGUCUGAAGAGGCUGUGAUUCUCGCAAGACUCUCUGGAUCGGUUACCGUUUCCUCUCGCAAGACUCUACAUAAUCUAUUGGGGCAGUCCUGCGAGUGGUUCAAUUCAUCUCCCCAACUCUCCCAUGUCUGUGACGGAGCCUUGCUUACCCUGGAGUGUGAGAAUACAGUUGCACCGAAAAAGCGCAGACUGGUGUCUGGUGAUGGCCAGUUCAUGGAGCAUCAUGAACCAUUCAUAGAUGUUGAGGAAGAGGAGGAAGAUGAAGAUAGCAUAGGCAUUGUGAGGCGGACUACUAGUUGCAUGAAGCAUGCGCUUUAUGCCGUUACAGAUAUGGAGUCUUUUCGACCACCACGCAAGCGUCCCAAGCUAAUGAACAGAACAUAUCGCCUGAUGUGCCUCAAAUCUACAACUCCAGAAGAGCUAUAUGCUAGAAAGAUAGAUGAUGAAGAAUAUGGGGAAGCCUUAGCACUUGCCAAAGCCUAUGGCAUGGACUGUGAUCUAGUCUACCAAUGUCAGUGGAGAAAAUCAAAUGCAUCCCUUGCAGCAAUACAAGACUACCUGACGAAGAUCAGCAAGCAGUCGUGGGUGUUACACGAGUGUCUAGAAAGGGUUCCAGACGAUGUGGACGCAGCUAGAGAGCUUCUCAUGCACGGUCUUCGUGGUACAGAUCUUGAAGCACUCAUAUCUAUUGGGUGUGGUAAAGACUAUGGAAGAUUCAUUUCAACCACUGAUGAGUAUUAUGAAGAUCUGGAUCCAUACGAUGAAGAUGAUGCAAAAGUGAUCGAAGAGCGUAGGCAAGCGAAGAGAAAAAACUUGUUAUCAAAAGUGAAUUUUGACAGGUUGACUCUGCAGCAGAUACAGCUGUGUCAGUCACGGCAGAAGCUGCUCCGUUACCUCGACAGAUUGACGACGUAUGAGAUUCUACUAGGUGGCGCCAGUGUUGCCGAUGAGCAUUUCGACUACAAGGAGUUCAAGGAGCUGAGAGAGAAGAAUAUUGUUGAGCUGGCUGUGGGAUAUGCUCAGUGUGGUCGUGUGCACUCUGUGGAGACACUUCUCAUGCAUCACGGAGACGAUCUUCUGCCUCAUUGGCUUCCGAUUCUUAGUAACUUCCCAGAAAUUGUCCCUCCGAGCAAUUACGAGUGCCUGCUGCCGAAAAUUCAGAGUGAUGGCACCGUGGAGCCGUGGGGAAUGGAGACUCUACGUGAAAAAGAUUGGUGUGAAGUUGAGCCUUGCAGCAGCGCGAUAAAUCCAACUGUUCCCAACCUGGGAGGAUUCCUAUAUGAGGAUGUGCCAGAGCUUUUGCAGUUCAAACUGGAACUGACCCCUGAAGGUGUGGUGCAUAUGUCAACAGACCAGCUUAGCAUGUGGUAUCGAUUCCGCAGCUUGGAAAUCGAGAGAUUAAGUUGCCGUGUCGACAAUGCUACAGACAUGGUUCGUCUAGGCAUUUUCCACAAUGUGAAGGGUUUGGAAGCACUUGCCGAUGAUUUGACAACAGUGGAGGUGCUGGUGUAUGAAGGUGAGGUUGGCGAUUGUGUUACACUGGAACACUAUCAAAGCCUGACCAAUAUUGAGCAGCUACAACUUCUCAUGAGUAGGUCAUCCGAGGAAAUGUAUGAAAAGAAUGUUCAUCUCUGGAUAUUGCCUUUUCUUGACCGUUGUGUGAAGCGUUCACCAGACAGUGCUGGCAAACUCCUUCGUGAAUAUGUCGUUAACAUGGCGAAAACAGACCUGUCACGCUGCCUAAAGAUAUUCCAAAUGUCUAAACCUGAGGUAAGCAAGCCAGUGAUCACAAACACAGAUACACUGAUGUCUCUAGGCUUGGAGUGCCUAUACAUGUGUGAACGGAGCGAUCAGCUUGAUCUGGCACAUGCCAUAUAUGAAUGUCUUCCACAGCGGGGAUCGGGACUGGCAAGUGAUGAUUCUGCUGCUCUGUUCAACCAGGUGAAUGCACUAGUUGAUCAUCUCAAGGCGGCAAAGAUUCUGGAGACUCACGGCUUGCCGACACCUUUGCACUUCAUCAGGCAGACAGAGAGUGAUGCUGAGGAUGCAAAACAGUUGCUCGUAAAGCUGACACGUACGGCAGCUCGUCGUGCGCCACCGCUGACCGAGGUCGAAUGGAAGCACCUGCUGAACAGCAUGCUGGAGCUGCAGAGAUGCGUGUACCGCUGCCUGCGCGCCGAGCACUGCUACGCGAUAUUCUGUGAGAGCCUGCUCGGCUCGGAGCGCGUCGAGAACAUUAGGCUCGCCGGGGACAUGAUGGAGACGUGCAGCAACGACCCGCUGGCACCCUUCAAGAAGGUUGUCUACGACAAGGCUGUGGACAUCGUCGUUCGGUCCGCGCAGGAGUACUUCAACUCUGCUGCCAACCUGAUGGACGGCAGCAUGGAGCUGGCGCGCCGCUGCCUGCAGCUAAUCACGGACACGCCCGCCGCCGUGCAGACGGAGCUCGACCUCAUCGCCGCGCUCGCGCUGCUAGACGACUUCGGCGUGUCGGCGCUGCCCGUGGAGGUGCGGCUGCAGCGCGAGCGAUUCUCGCUGGUGGCGCGCGCGGCGACGUCGCGCCCCGACGCGUACGCGAGCGCGACCAGCCUCCUGCGGCUCGCCCGCCUGCUGCGCGCGUGCGGCGGGGACGGGCGCGAGCAGCGCGGCCGCGUGCUGGUGAUGCUCGCAGGCGCGGCCCUCGCGCGACGCGACCACGCCGGCGCCGCCGCGUUCUGCUGCGACGUCGUCGUCGACGGAUACGCAGCCGGCUGGGAGACGUGCGAGGCACUCGCGCGCUGCGACGAGUUUGACGACGUCGCGUCGCGGCGGCUCCUCGCCGAUUUCGCGCUCGUCCACUGCACGCCGGACAAGCUGGGCUCGCUGCUGAAGAGCCGCGCUCUCCUGGAGAUGCAGAGUUUGAACAGGGUUCUUGGUCAGGGCGAGAGAGAGGGAAGCCAUGAGCCGGGUGAUAGAAGGGGAAGCCGCAGUAGGGAAUCCAGUCCUGCGACAAAUCGUGCAAACACAGCAUCUGAGGAUUCCAUGCAGGCUGAUGAAAAACAGAAGUCUGACAUGUACACAGCUGUGAGAGCCUUUGAGCAGACGAAGGACUUAACGAAGCAUGUUCUGGCUUCUACCACACACACGACGAAACAAGUGCUGUCAUCAACGACAUCCACAACUCGAGCGCUGCUCGGUAGGAUGAAAGAGAAGAAGUGGUGGAAUCAGCCAAGGCGCUGGCUGAGGCACAAGCGGAAUGAAGCUGUGGAGGAUGAGUGGUUAGAGAACCAGGACCUGGUUCAGCAGGGCUGCCAUCCAUUCUACUCUUCGGUCAUGCCGAAAGCACUUAGUAGCAAGGUACUGAUGAACUACGACGGAUGUUCGCUUGCGGAGCACUCUAACAGCAGCGUGGAGCUGAGCAUGCUGCUGCUGCGAGCUGCCAAGCUUGAGGAAGCCCUGAAUCACGGGGAGGCUGCGCAGCCAGCUACUGAAGCCAUACUCAAUCUUGCACAGGAGAUGCUCCCGCACGACACCACAUUAGGACUCGCGUACCUUCUCGUUCUCGCGCAGCCUACCGAUGCAGACCAGUGUUUUGAGAAACUGCCAAGUAAGGUCCUGCCGCUGCAGCUGGCAUCGUAUUACUAUGCUCUGCUCAUCUGCUCCAUAGAUGCACCAACACCAGAGUACAUACAGCAGCUGUUCUUGAACAAUCCUGCCGAUGUCAUCAAACAGGCCAAGAGUGUGAACGAUGUAGGACGUGGGGCGUCGCUGCUGGUCCGGCUGCAGCAUUAUGAUAAGGUGCUGACUGAUUACAUGCAAGCGAAGGUCUUGCAAGGAUUGCGAAAAGGGGUGGAUGUUGUGAGGUUUGCUCAGGAUGCUGAGUACAAGCGCGAGACAAUUCUAGGCCUCUCCAUGAGUUUGGAGCCGGAGGUAUAUGAUGUCGCUGUGUCACUUGCUGAAAGCUACAACGUGCCACUUUGGGAGGUUUACAUGUGCCAUCUAGAAUUUCUCUUCACCGAGAGUGGCAUGACGACACCGGAGGUUGAGGCGCAGCUGGAGCGUCUGGACAUCCUGCCGCAGCUGCAGAGUGAGCCGGCUGUGCUGUGGGAACGCAUGCGCACGUACGUGUACCCGUCGAUCCACGGCACCGACCACGCGCGCCUGCUCUACUACUACAGCACGCUGCAGGCAUGCGGCGAGCAUGGCCGCGACGGCGACAUGCCUGCAGCCGAGCACAUCAGGCUGCUAAGGAAGAUCAAGCCGGCAGCGCCAGGGCUCAACUACAAGAGUCUGGUGUCCGGCGCGAGCUCCUCCCUCGAUGCCAUCGACAGCGUGCUCACCGCCAACAAUGUUCACGUGCUCGCCAAGCUCGCUCCGAAGCUGCCGAGCCUCGAUGGCAAGGCACCUCUCACGCCCAGCGCAGUCUUCUCCAGGUGGGCGGUUAAGCUGUUCAGAGUGGACGGCAAGGCAGAGCAGCUGAAGGCUCCUCAGAAGACCCAGGCAGACUGGAUACAUAGAUAUGAAAUGUCUGGGGAGUUCGUAUCGCGUCUGCUACCUGAAGAUUUGCUGAGCUUCAUUGGCAGCGUAGUGUUUAUUCCCACAUCUAUGAAAAACAUGAACAUGGCGACAAGGCAAGAGAUCAUCAGGCGAGCACUUAAGCAUUCCAGACAGCAGUAUGCUAAAUCACAGACAGCAGAUGGCAAGAAUGAGAAAUGGAAAGUAUGCGAAGAAACAUUGGAACAAUGGCUAGGUCAUCUCAACAUGGUCUAUACUGAUUUCAUUGAGACAACGAAGGCCUCAGGCACACCAUUCCUACAAGAGUGUGCACAGGAGUUUGAUCUGAGUCGAGGCGAGGAGGACAAUCUGAAGUCGCUGGUGUACAAGCUGCUAGAACAUGGCACUUCCCUUGAUGAAGUCGGAAAAUUCCUACAGGUGUCGCCAGCUGUCACUUCCUCUCUAACAGUCAUGGUGCAGGAGACAACUCGAAGGCUCGUGUGUGCAAUAAAGUCAGCACCUAAAGCAGGCACCCAGGAUGAACUGAAGUCACUCAGCCGAAUCGUGAGUGCGGUGAAGACGAGUAGCAACGUUAGUGAGGAGGACGUGCUAUCAGUGCUGCGGCCCUACUGCUGCAACGUCACUGUCCCCACGCAGUCUCGCCUGGAUGUCCUCACUGUGCUCGAGAAGGAAUUCGACAUGCAGGCUGAGGAUCAAGAGCUCCUUGUUUUGUACAGAACACAAGCUCUUGUUGGCAGUGGCUGGCCACAAUUGCAGGUGGCACCUGAAAACGUUGUAACAGAGACAACGCGACUUCAGCUGUUUGAUGGCCUACUCUCAACUAGCACUACGUUUGAACAGUUGCUUGCACUCAUAGAACUAUUGCUCAGUUGGCCACCUUUCAUUCAACAAAGGGAACAGGCACAGAACGAUUGGCUAAGGCUUUUAAUGCAGAUGCUUGAUAGCAAUCAUGCAGAUGGGCCAGAACGUGUGGUGACGAUAGCAAGGCAUAUACACAAACUACAACGACAUUUUGAUUUACAAAUCUACAGUCAUUUCUGUGACAAAUUGAUGGGUGACCACCACUUGCAGGCUCUUAAGUUGGCACUAUUAGCACCAUAUCCUGAGCUUCAUCACACAGUCAUACAUAAGCUAUCUACAAUAUUACAGGAGUUGGAGAAAGUUGAAAUUGAUGAUGACACUCUAUGCUUGCUGCUUGAAAACUGCCAUGUGCCACAAACUGUGGGUACACCAUACUACCAACCUCUCAUUGAGUACCUGUUAGUGAAUCAGCACAAAUCUGAGGCAUCGCAUAACAUCGAAAAUGUGGUAGCCCAGUUAGAAGAAGCAGGACAUGCAGUAGAGGCUGGGUCAUUGUUGCUCUUGCAGCGCGGAUCAUGUCCGAACUUGUCUACAUUUGAUGCCGCAUUUGGCACUCUCUCACGGUGGCUUAAACGCUGAACAAGUAUCGAAAUCUAGGAAUUUUCCACGUAAGCUAGCUGUUGAUAUGAGUUUCAGUCUUGGAAUUGUUUCAUAACUAUGGCAUUACUAUAGCAACAUUUCUAAUGUCAGUAUUUGCAAUCGUGGGAUUUUUGUAGCGGCUUUUACGCUAUAUAUAACUGAUAUUAACAGGGUAUGCAGAACAAUGUGUUUGUUUGACAUAUAUAGACGUUUAUUUAGUUUAUUGCUCCUAUUCAUUACCUUGUUGGUUGAAUACAUGCUAGUAUACUGUAAUUUAAACCAAUGAUUUAAGUCAGAAUCUGGCUUUCAAUUUGAUUGGUCUCUGCAUGCGUAGAGGGAGAAAUGUGGGGGUUAAUUGUUAUUAAUUUGGUUGUUAUUGUUUAUGUUUUUGGUUUCUAUAUCAUUCUGAUAUUGGAUGACACUAUAAUGAUUGUGAUA